UUUAACCACUUCAGCUCGCAACUGUCAAAGUGUCAAACGGAGAGAGAAAAAAGUGCAAAAAAUUAACUCCUUUUACGAGUGCGAAAGUUUUUCUAUCUUGGACUCCAAAGUUUAUCAUUUAUUAACAUAAAAAGUGCUACAAUCAAAAGUGAACGAGUGUUUCGACUAGUUAGUAGUGGAAUUUCGGUGAUUGGAGUGUAAAUUCUCCGGUAAAUCCACCCGACAAAAUCUGCCGCAGAGCGGCUUCGCCUGUCCGAUCGCAGAAGUGAAAAUCAAAGAUGGCUACCCAGUCCGUAAACAAAACCGGCUCCGGCUGGCCGCGGCGUACCAGCCAGGGUACGCUGAAUGACAUCAGCAAACCGCAGGGCAACCAAUCCAUGACACUGAACCGGACCAUCAAUUUGUACCCGCUCACGAAUUACACAUUCGGUACGAAGGAACCGUUAUUUGAGAAGGACCCGUCGGUGCCGGCCCGAUUCCAGCGUAUGCGCGACGAGUUUGACAAAAUAGGAAUGCGCCGCUCGGUGGAAGGAGUUCUGCUGGUUCACGAACACGGCCUUCCGCACGUGCUGCUACUACAGCUAGGAACGACGUUCUUCAAAUUACCCGGAGGAGAACUGAGUGCCGGGGAGGACGAAGUCGAAGGACUCAAACGAUUGUUGACAGAGACUCUAGGCCGGCAGGAUGGCGUCAAGCAGGACUGGAUCGUCGAGGACACGAUCGGCAACUGGUGGCGGCCGAACUUCGAGCCACCGCAGUAUCCUUACAUUCCGCCGCACAUCACGAAGCCGAAGGAGCACAAGCGGCUGUUUCUGGUACAACUGCACGAGAAGGCGCUCUUUGCCGUCCCUAAGAACUACAAACUAGUGGCGGCUCCACUGUUCGAACUGUACGACAACUCACAAGGAUACGGUCCGAUAAUAUCGUCCCUGCCGCAGGCUCUUUGUCGGUUCAACUUCAUCUACAUGUAAGAUUACGGCGGCAGCAGACGGGAUCAGGAGGAACCGCAAUAGGUGGUGCCUCCCCCACCCGACCCUACGACGAGCAUGAUAUUCCCCCUUCGGAAAAAUAAAAUGUAUCCCCCGGUUCGAUUCUCAUUUUCGGCGAUGAUUACACAGAUCUUCCCCUCACCCAGUAAGCUGCGAAAAGGGGCGCAGUCGCUCGUUGGAAGAACCGGCUUAAGGUAGGAGGGAUCCACCCUUUGUAUGUGUAUGUUUGUGUGUGCGGGCGCGCGUGCGUUACGUAGCUGUGAGUGGUUGCGGCAGUGUAGGCGCGGUAACGAGAUUGCGAUUCGUUGAUUUUUAAGUAAUGGAACAAUCUGCCACCAUGAGAUUGAUGACUGGUCGACGCUGCUGGUUGUAUUAGUUAGGAUACGGCGCCGGGCGACCCAAACAGCUACGAAAUAAAGUGAAUGGAAAUUGUGAAAA